GCCACAGGCCACAGAAUCAGGAGUGCUCUCUGCGUCCUGUGCACCCGUUGCAGCUCGUCCAUCCCGAAUAAAGAAACCCCGAUGGAUCAGAUACGAACCCUCGGCACCCCUGUUUUAUAUGGCCAGGGUCUGGGACGUCCUCCCCUCAGACCUAUUGAGAACAAUGCCAGGAAGAGAUCAGGAAGCACAAGUGAUUUGUCUGGGGACAAGACAGAGGGGUUGAAGGCAAGACUUGGGCAGUUGACCCCAGAACAUUCACUGCUGCAACGCAGUAAAAAAAGAAGAAAGCAUCCUUCAGCAAGUGCUUCACUCAGAGAUGCUUCAGUACGUGGUCAGACCUAUAAAGCGCCACCUAAACAACCUGCACCACAAGACACCAUUACUGAUGAAUCUUGCCUCAAACUGGAUCCAAAAACAGCAACCACAAAGACAAAGGUCUCAUCAUGUUUUACACCUGAUCGUGUGUUAGAUGAACGUGGAGAGACUUCAUACAGGUUCAAAUGUCCGUCUCCAGGUGUGUACCAGUGUGCUUCGACACAGCUAGUAUUUAAAUUGACUCAGAAGGCAGAGUUGUCAUACAAGAUCAUCCAGUGGGAUAAGAUCAAGCCCCCCCUCCCAUCUUACAAGAGGCCUGACAAGAGGCCUGCAGGUCCGUUGUAUCACAUCGAGUGUUCUGAGAAAGCUGUUGCUCAGCUGUGCCUCCCACAUUGUGAAGCACAACCUGCACCCCCCAAUGAAGACCUGUGUGUUGCCCACUUCCGUCAUGGUAGGAUGGGCAUCCUUAAGCCACUAAAGAUAACUGAUACUCAUGUGGUUGUGAAUGUUCCUCACCUCUCUGCCCUUGGAUUGAUCUGGAAAUGGGUCAAAAAAUUUCUAAACAAGAAACGAAUAAUUGGACAAGUUCUGCUGUUCCACCACCCAAAGUUCACAGAGCAACUGAGAAAACUUAACAUCUUUCUACUGCCAGCGAACGUUCCACUGCGAGAGGUUAAACAGGAACAGGAAAACGCUGAGUACAUUGAGAAUCCUGCCUUCUGUGUCCUCACUGAAGGCCAAACAUACACUGUGCGUUGUUCCGAGGCCCAUGAAAUACAUUAUUCGGUUCACCUCCGGCCUCAGGCUCAGCUGCCCAGUCAACUCAUUCUCCACCCAGUGAACAAGGCUCACUUCUUGUAGCGGCUGGAGGAGCAGGUCCUGAUCCAAGUGAACAAAAUCUACCAGGGACACAGAGUCUCCCGGUGAGGGAAGAGGAGAAGCUGUCCAGUGUUCACCCAUUUAAACUUUCUGCAAAACAGAGGAAUCAACAACAUAGAAAUGGAGUUGAUUAACACAGGAGUGUCCGUGGCAGACAAAGCAUGAAAGCACUGACACGGUGCUAAGAAAGGGAAAUCUGGCUUGUAAAAGUCUGAAUGAUACUUUCUGUGAAGUGGAUGCAUAUGUUUCUGCAUUACUCCAUUUAGAGCGAAAUUUAAACAAGAAAGGUGUCAUGAUCGGCCUGUGACUUCCUGUUCUGGGCUUUGAUUUUGUAAAGACUUCCUGCCUUAUAAAGAAGCUUUAUUUUUAUUGUCACUGUAACAUUGUGACACGUACAACGAAAUCUUGUUUGGAGCU